CACAUGAUCAAGGAGAAGAUCACUUCCGUGUCAUAACCGCUGUUUAUCAUUAAACUUUUUGUGAUUUGUAUUGUGAAAAUUGUCGGAAAUUAACAAACGAUAGUCAAAUCUUACGUCUUCUUCCGUGCUCGAUAUUACAACGCCAUAUGCGUAAUCCGAAACGUGACUUAACGCCAGGACUCUCGGAAUCAGGUUCCGAAGAGGAGGCUGAUCUUGAUCAACUGCAAGUAUCCAAUGAGAUUAGCGGCCAAGAAAUGGAUGCAUCUGCUGAGGUAACGAUCUCCUCAAGCCAAACGACGAGUUCAGCUAGCGAUACCGACUUUUUGACCAUGGUUUUAGAAGCAUAUCGCAACUCUCCGAUCGCCAAUCCCGAAAAGGGUCUAUCCACCAGAAGAAUUAGAACCUACAUUAAGGAAAACUUCAGAGUGCACAAAAGUGAGAUGAAGGAGAAGCUUAAACCAGUGCUGGAGGAUGCCGUCGAGAGGAACAUUCUAAUACAGACCGGGAAGGUUCUAAUGACGGGAUCGGUGCGUCUCAAUCCGGCCUACGCGAACAAAAAGAGCACCGUAUCUCAAAGUCAGCAGCAACAGCAGGACGAACCAGCAAUGCCAAAAAGGCAGUCUAAUUUUCAUUGGGUUGGUGACAGAAAACGUAAAGCCGACAACGAUGCAUCUAGAGGGGAUGCCAAACGACGAUUAGCUUUCCAAAAAAUAGCCUAAAGUGCAAAUUGCUUUGGAUAUAUUUUCUAUUUGUUUAGCUCCCGGUGCAUCCUGUUGAUCGGGAGGCGCUCCAGGGAGGCUUCUUAUACACAUAUCGAAGGUUGUGCUUCUUUUUUCACUCGAAGGAAAAUUUGAAUGUGCACCGUUUUUUGUUUUGUUUAUUCAUUAGAUCAUGUUGUAGAAAGAGAUAUAUUUUCAAUGAGAAUAAAAAUGAUCUCGACUAUAAAA